AUUUUCCGUCAAAAACAACGUUACACCGCAUAAAAAGACAAGACCAACGCGCUAGGAUUCUAGCUUCCACCGACAUCUAUCUCUCCCAAAUUUCUCUCAUUCUUGCUCUCCGAAUCAAUCCAUUAUCAUCAUCAAUGGCUGAUGAUAACAAGAAACUCAAUCACGACGAGGAGGCAAGUCCUCUUCUCCACCACCACCACCACCACCACCAACAACCACAACAACAACAACCUAAAGCAACCGAACAACAACCAACACAGCAGGAGCUUUUUCAUCUAUGGACCGCCGACGGUGUUCCCAUGGCCGACGGAAGCGUAAUGGGCCAGCCUAUUCCUCGUUCUCCUUGGAAUUCCAGCGUCUGUGCUUGUCUCGGUCAAAGCGAUCACUUUUGCAGCAGCGAUCUCGAAGUUUGUCUUCUUGGGAGUGUGGCUCCUUGUGUUCUGUAUGGAAGCAACGUUGAGAGGCUUGGGUCGAAUAAUCCGGGGACAUUUGCUAAUCAUUGUUUGCAUUAUUCUGGCCUCUAUGUGAUUGGGAAUUCAUGCUGUGGGUGGAAUUGUCUUGCGCCGUGGUUUUCGUAUCCUAGCCGGACUGCAAUUCGUCGCAGGUUUAAUUUAGAGGGAAGUUGUGAGGCACUUAAUAGGUCAUGUGGGUGCUGCGGAAGCUUUUUGGAAGAUGACGCGCAACGCGAACAGUGCGAGUUGGCAUGUGACUUUGCAACUCAUUUCUUUUGUCAUGCCUGUGCUCUUUGUCAAGAAGCCCGUGAGCUCCGCCGUAGAGUACCUCAUCCUGGCUUCAAUGCGCAACCAGUAUUGGUCAUGAUCCCCCCUGCAGAGCAGGCAAUGGGUCGCGGGGCUUAAAAUAAUAUUCUUCCUCAUCUUGGAAGUGCUAUUCUGGUAUACGCUGUUACUGUUGCUGCGAUAUUAUUUGACACGUUGAACUGCUGCUUCCUUUUUCUCCAGAUUUUGCUGAAAACAGUAUCAUGGUUGUUUGAAUUUGGUAUAAAUAAGAACAUUAAGCACCAUUAUAUUUUCAGUUUGUAUCCCCUACUAUUCUGUAUUAUAUAUGUAUUUGUUGCAAUGAACUUGUGUAUACGCAUAACUGAAUGAAUUUAUAUGUAUUAUUGUGGGCAUGGUUCCUCUA